AAUGGCGGCAACUGACAUUUUAGCAGACACCGACAGUGACGAUGAAAUUCCACCAGACUGGGAGGAAAGAGUCACACUGGACGGGAAAGUCUACUACGCAAACCAUGCUAAACAGACAACACAGUGGGUGCAUCCUACCACUGGGAAGAAGAAGGUUGUCAAAGGAGAGUUACCGUAUGGCUGGCAGAGAAAAGUAACAGAUGAUGGACAUGUGUUUUAUGUUGAUCAUAUCAAUGAGAAAACCACUUAUACAGACCCUCGCCUAGCCUUUGCUGAGGAGGUCAAGGACUCACCUAUGGACUUCAGACAGAGGUUUGACGGGAACACGUCUGCCAUGCAAAUACUCCUGGGGCGUGAUCUCACAGGGAAAUACGCCAUUGUGACUGGUGCUAACUCCGGCAUAGGAUAUGAAACAACCCGAUCCUUGGCUUCUCAUGGCUGCCAUGUGACACUGGCAUGUCGGAACACUCAGUCUGCGGAUAUGGCAAGAAGUAAGAUUUUAGCGGAGUAUCCGACUGCUGAGAUGGAAGUGAUGGAAGUGGACUUAGCAUCCCUAGCCAGCGUGAGACACUUCACAGACAAGUACAAUGCCAGGCAGUGGCCUCUACAUAUAUUGAUCUUGAAUGCUGGUGUGUUUGGCCUUCCUCACACAUUGACAGUUGAUGGACUAGAAACAACAUUCCAGGUUAACCACUUGGCCCAAGUCUACCUAACAAAGCUGCUCACACCAACCUUGGUUACCUCUGCCCCUAGUAGGGUCAUUCUUGUGUCCUCAGAGUCACACAGAUUUACAGAUGAAGCUUCUGUUAAACAGUUGUCUGAGGAGAAGUUAUCUCCCCCUGCCAGCAAAUACCAGGCGAUGCGAGCCUAUAAUCUGUCCAAACUCUGUAACGUUCUGUUCUCCCAGGAGCUGAAUGCUCGUUACAUGGAGCAGGGAGUCACGUCAAAUUCCCUUCACCCUGGCAACAUGAUGUACUCAUCUCUUUCCCGGAACUGGUGGCUCUACCGUCUUCUCUUUUAUCUGGCUCGACCAUUUACCAAGUCCAUGCAACAAGGAGCAGCCACGAGCCUUUUCUGUGCCAUAGCUCAGGAGUUGGAGGGAGUAGGGGGACUUUACUUCAACAACUGUUGUCCAUGCCGACCGUCUGAUUACUGUUUCCAAGACAACCUGUCCAAGAAAUUGUGGGAUAUCAGUGAGAAGAUGCUUGCAGACAGAAUGUCUCCUGACAAUGAAAUACCAGGGAAAGGUACUGAUAGUUCGUAGUCAGUCUCCACUUCAUGUAUGGCAAAUGUGAAUAAAACUGGACAUGGUUUUUGAUACAUUCGAUCAGGCCUUCACUGUAUAGUUUUCUUCAGUAUAAUACUUAAAAACUUUUUUCUUCACCUUUUACUGUAAUACCAUUGACAUAAUGUACAGGCACAUAAUGACAUUACAUGUAAUUAAUUCACAAGAUACAAGUUUAGUUGGCAAAAAUUCUUGAGUUUACACAUGGAAAUGUGUAAACUCCAGUGGGAUUAUGUGUGUAACACUCAUUUCACCAUGUUUGAGGUAUAGUACUGGGACUGUGUAUUUGAAUCCACACUGCUGUAGUUUGAAGGCUCUGAUUGAAUGGUGUUACAUAAUUCACGAUAAACAGGUAAUGUCUAGGUGGGCAAAAGCAGUUAUGUAAUGAGCGAAUUUUUAGAUAUUAUAUAUUGCUCAGGGCUGUGGUUACAUUGAUAGAGUCGGUGGUUUGUAAUACCUGUAUGAUAUAAACAUGUAGAGAGAGUAAACAUUCACUGUCGAUUUGAUCGAAGGAGGCUUUAAUAUUAACUAGAUUUAUAAAAUGCACUUUCAUUUACCUGUGGUGCCUAAGCUGUGUUAAUAGUUACAACCAGUGCCAUUGUGCUGGCUACAGAUGUGCUUUUGUAUAUUAUGUAAGUUCCCCCCAUGUAUUGGUGGGUUUGGAUUGGGGUGAGGGACUUGGUGUUGUGGGACUGUUACCGCCUGGACAAUAGACAGGGCACCAUCAUUAGUAUCACCAGUCAGUGGAGUCGGCUUGUAAUCUCGGUCUGUGUAGAAGGCAGGGCACUCUGACACGCUUGCUGGUAUAUAUCUGUAGGUACAGACCUUGAUAGAAAGUUCUACCCCUGGUGACAUAUGGCUGUACCCCCCCUCCCCCCAAACUCUCCUUCCCUCCCCUUUACUGAACCACAGAUCAGCUGUGCUCUUAAAAUCACCAUAAUCAAUUGAUAGAUUAAAGUGCUGUGUAGGUGUACUGAACUAGACAUUAUGAAAGCGCCCAAGAUCAAUUUUCUCUCGGCAUGGUACAUUAAAAUUGGGAACAGGCAUGAGUUGGUUUACUCAUGUGCUACAAUAUGUAUUUAUUUAUUAAGGUUAUAAGGAAAGAACAUGGCUUUAUUGUUUAUGCCUAAAGCACCUGUACUUAUAGGCUGACUUGGGUUUUGUGAGGAGCCUUUUGAAAAUGAACUCUCUAUAUUCUGAGUAAGCUGUGAGAAAAAUAUUGUAAGGAAUUUUGAAAUUUGUUUUGACAUGUGUAAGUACUUUCAAUAUAAAAGUUCACUACAGGGUAUUAAACACGGAAAUGUGCGCUGUGUUUUGGUAUGGUAAAACCCGAUCAUAGCCAGUUUCUUACUCUUUGCACUGUUAGACCAUUAGACAUCAUGCUAUAAACUAAAGUUACAUGUUAACCUACAAUAAUAAUGCCUAGGUUAAAGUUUGAUGAUACGAUCAUUGAGCUGUGUGGUGUUAUGAUCCAGCAGUCCUAAGCUCGGCCGUGUUGGUGGUUUUACAGCAUAUUUAUAUCAUUGAUAAAGUCAGACAGAUUGACAAAAGUUUGGGAUUUUGGAGACAAAACUACAUUCUUUGGGUUGUCCAAUUUCAGAGCUUCAUAAAAAGUGUUAUUUUAUCAGUCGACACAGAGCAAUGCCCAAAGAAUGUGUUUCAAUAAACAUAUUGUAAACGUACAAAAAAGUGAGAGAAUUAGAGCAGUUGAUUAAGUUUGCUGAAACUGAUCAGGUCUAAAGGCUUACCAAACUCUGAUUUUCACUUUUAAUUUCACGUAAUCCCAUGAUUGAGGUUUAAUGUGACUGUAUUGUGUAAGGUGUGACAGGCUGGCCAGUGCGGCUGUAUUGAUCUGUCCGUCUUAUCAAUAUGUAGAUUUGAUGACACUACAGGGAGCACCUAUUCGUACACAGAUUAAAGCGCUGAGGGUGACCGACCUCCUUUGAUCAACCAGGCAUAUAUAACAAAUACAAUAUAUACAGUUUUGAAGCUGGUACUUGUGCACUUAGAGCGGUCUUUAGGGGCUUCUUAUAUAUUUGUCUUUAUUUAUACUGAGGUUGAGAUAUACAUGUAAGUACAUGUAGGUAAUUUUUAGACUGACCCUGUCUAGACUUUAAAUAUGGCAGUCUCAGUACUUCUGUGUUUGAUGCUAAACUUGUUCACAGUACAUGUUUACAGUGUCUGGGUGGUGUUUAAUAUGUCAUGUCUUCAACAUGGUAUGCCGGUGAGGCAGCACUAUGCAUUUAGAUGUGUCAGAACUCCUGGCCUCUUUUAAUCACUAAAAUAAUGUUGAAAGCAACAUUAAACCUGGGGUAAAUACCCUACAACAAACAAAUACAUGAACUAAUACAUGAUUGUGUUUAUUUAUACUGCAUUUGCCCUAAUAAUGUGUACAAGAAGUGCAUUUUUAGACGCUAAAAAAGGUCGUGAAAUGCGAAUUUUGAUGCUGAAACUGCCAAUGGGCAGGCGGCAUACUUUUUCAUCCUGUGACUGAUGGCGCUACUGUGAAGCAGGACCUGGAGCCAUUGUGACGUCAAGAACGGAUUGUAGUAUAACGUCUGCACUGUUACAAUGUAUCAGUUUCUGUUGUAAAGUCGUACUGUCUUUAGUAUGACGUCAUUAUGAUGAGCUCCAAAAAGAACAUUUGAAUAAAAUCAGUAAAAUGAUGUCAAGGUCCUGCUACCAGGCAUUUGACAGGUCCCCAUAGGAUAUUGUCCCACAUUCCAAACAGACAUCAAGACGUCUUUCUAAGGUCAACGUAAUGCACAGAACAGGCAAAAUGAGUAUGAAUUAGUUUAAGUUUCAAACCAAACACAGUAUACAUAUACUGUUGAUACAUGUAUGGCAAUACUACAUAUGGUUAUUACACUGUAUAUAAAAAUAUCCAAAUGUAUGUGUGAUUCUGUUCAUAUGUAUAUAUCACUGAAAAUUUCAAAAAAUAUAUUCUCUACAUAUAUAUCAAAUAGUAUAUGUGUAAAAGUCUGGCGCAAACCUGCAGAUGGUUGAGGGUUUCCACCAGGCUCUGCAACCGUAAUACUGGCCGCGGUGAUAUAAGUGAAAUAUUUUUAAGUACGGCCUAAAAACCAAUGAAAUAAAUAAAUAUAUAUAUAUGGUGCAAAAACAAAGUUGUGUUUUGGUUUAAUUUUCUCCUAGUAGACAUAUGUACAUGUAUGUCCCAGGUAGAAAACUGAUCUAACAGAUUACAUCAAAUGGAAAAGACCACAUAAAAUGACACCACAAUAUUGGAAUCAGACACACCAAAGAAAAUAUGUCAUCACAUUUAAAAAAAAAACAUUCUCUUCAGGAAGUUACAACUUCCUCUUUUAAAAUCUUGGGUGUGACUCGGCCUUGGAUCUAGUUCUCCCAAAGCAGACGCUGUACCAACUGUACUAUCGGGGCCAGUGUGUUUAGUAGAUUGCUCAAUGCAUGUAUUAGU